AUGCUGCAGUGUGUUACCUUACCCACCCACACUGUGGUCAACAAGCCAGACAAAGAAGGCGUCUUCAUUUCGGUGGAGUUCGGCAUGACUACAGUCCUUCCACUAGCCAAAGUGAACAGUCUGGAACCCUCGGAUUAUCACUUGGGUAUUGCUUGCGCGACUGAUGGGAAAGACAGGAAACUCAUCAUUCUUGGGGUCGCAGGGGAAAAAAAUACCUCAAUCAUCAGGAAAACGGUGCUCCGAUUGUGGAAUCCCGUUGCUACUGCCCCUCCGCCGGGUUUGUAUAGCUGGUCCAGCGAAUAUUGGGUGUCGGACUCCGUCGUGAUCGACACCAGGUCAAUCGAGGGCACGGAUUUGAUGAGGGAAGCAGCACGGGCAGGACGAAGCGCCCCCAAGGCAUACGUGUGCAUUGGUCUUCCCGCAAUCACUUUCGGCCCCCUGUUCAAUACGCUGGUGUCAGCAUGCAACGUGAAUGCAGCCUGCUUCAAUCUCGCCAUAGGAUAUAUCUGGAUGGCGGCGGCCGUUGAUCCGACGAGGCUUGAGGUGGAAGCCGAGGACGGUUCUGGGUUCUUUGGCAAUUUUUUUCUGUCGAUGAUCAAUGAUGAGACUCAAGGGUCAUGGCUUGUGGAGGCAAAGCUCCGGUUCUGGCUCGAAAGCACAUCUCGGAUGAAGGCUUGCGUCCUUGCCGAGCUUGUGGAGAUGAGAGACAUCCGCACCACCUCAACUCACAGGGCCAUCGCGCGCUGGUGA